AUGCCGAAGCCGGAGCCUCCGGCCUUCUCCGACUACAAGAAGAAAGGUAUACCGCGACAUACCCGCGGAUCAAUCAUCGAGGUGUCACAGACACCAGAUAUCGAAGAAGUUCGAUCGAACGAGACGGCUAGACGCCUCCAAGACCUUGUCAAGGAGGACCGUGAGGAGUAUGUACAGCUCCGGAGCGACUACAACCAUGAUAUCCGUAUCUACGAGCGUGAAGCGGCUGCUCUACGAGAGCUCCGCAACUGGGUCCUAUCGACAGCAGCCGAGAAGUACGUCAAUGCGUGCUGUAAACCUACGGAGACCCUCUACGCCUGGAUGGUCAAGCUGAAGGGCGUGGCCUCGAUCUCGAACAAUGAACAAAAGAGCGCCGCGCGUGAGGAGUACGAGAAGACCACAAGGGACUUCAGCGAGUGGAGCGAGGACUUCCUAAAGGUCAUUGCGAAGACCGCUAUUUCUGCGUUCCACGCCACGUUCGAGGCGAAGUUCCACGAGUCGGACAACCCCUCGAUCAGCGAGAUCUCUGCGGAACGACAUAGGGCCGCCGAUUCGCGGACCCAAAACGAGAUGCCAACGUGUCACGGAUGUGAUCUGCCACGACACCUACUUGCCAACUGCUUCUACUGCUUCCCAGAGGAAGCGUAUGAAGGAUGGAGGCCCAGCAACGACAUCAUGAAGAAGGUCACCGAGCGUCUCAAGGCCGAUGACGACCUCGCGGACCGCGUGAAGAAGAUCCGUGAACAACGCGAGAAGGAAGCGAAGCAGACCUGA